AUGGUGCGAGCAGGAUUCUCAUAUGCUGCCAAGAGGCGCACUCGAGUUUUUUUUCGGUGUAUCUACGUUAUUGUUACCUUUUCUGAAUCAAGCCUAUGGAUCAGCAGUCAGGCUUGCGAUGCUACUGGGGAUUCUGGACUCGAUGCCCCAUUAUGGUUCCAAGUCGGGAAAGGAGCUGGAAUAUAUACUCCGGACAGCAAAUACGUCCGCGGUGGUUUUCGUUACCUAACGGUUGUAAGCAACACGAGCGCAACAAUUCCUCUGAACUCUCUUCACGUCAAAUUUACCGCUGCUCCGAACCAGGAUCUUCGAGCCUAUAAAGGCUGGUUUCACUCAAACGACGAAUUGCUGAACCAGAUUUGGUAUGCUGGAGCAUAUACAAACCAGCUAUGUACAAUUGAUCCAACGCAUGGCUUCACAACCUCAGACGCUAUCUCUAACUCUGGCCUUAAUUACUGGUACAGUAAUGCCACUAUUGCCAACGGAACCAGUACAGUGACCGAUGGGGCAAAGCGGGAUAGGGCUGUUUGGCCAGGCGAUAUGUCUAUCUCCGUUGAGAGUGUUGCUGUCAGCACCAGCGACCUGUACAGCAUUAAGAUGGGGCUGGAAGCUUUAUUCGUACUGCAAUCAUCCGAUGGCCAGCUUCCUUGGGGAGGAAAGCCCUUUAACUAUGAUAUAAGUUAUACUUACCACCUACAUACACUUAUCGGAGUGUCCUUUCUAUAUCGGUUCUCUGGGAAUAAGGUCUGGCUUUCAAACUAUUGGAGUCAAUACUCCAAGGGAAUUCAAUGGGCAUUGAAAAGUGUUGAUAGCACUGGUCUGGCAAAUGUGGCCUCUAAUAACAGUCUUGACUGGCUACGAGGGGGUAUGGGAGGCCACAACAUUGAGGCUAAUGCGAUUCUCUACUUUGUCCUCGGAGAAGCGCAAAAUCUAGCCCAAGAGCUCCAUCGUAGCUCUGAUUAUGAACACUGGGCAAGCGUUGCUAGCGGUCUCAAAUCCGCUGCUAACAAGCUCCUAUGGGACGAUCAAGCGGGGCUUUAUCGAGAUAACCAGACAACCGCCCUACACCCACAGGAUGGAAACGCCUGGGCUGUGAAGGCUAAUCUGACUCUUACCGACGAUCAAAAUCGAGCAAUUUCUCAGGCACUAAAGGCACGCUGGGGCCGUUAUGGCGCUCCCGCGCCCGAAGCUGGUGCAACUCUCUCCAUUCAUCAGUGGUUUUGA